AGCCCCAAAUACACCCACAAGCUGCCUGUUUGCUGUGUUUCUGCUGUGGAGCGUCGUUGGUCAUGAGCGGAGGCUGAGCCGCGUGAGUGUGCGCAUUGUUGUAGUUGUUUCGUCAUCACUAAUAUGGUACCCAGAGGUGGGGUGCGGAUGACCGGGUCCAAUGCGUCGGUUCUGGGAGGAACCCGCCUUCACACACACAGACAGACAGACAGACACACACACACAGCUACACUCACACACUCUCUCUUCGUCUGAAUGGUGUCGAUAUGAGCUGCAACUUCGUGUGACAAUGCAUAACUCCCCUCUUUUCCAGUACCUGCAUGAUCUAGGGCACACAGACUUUGAAGCAUGUCCGACGGCCUCGCAGGAGGACGAAUAUGGCGGCCUCACCUCUCCCAACGGAGAUCCGGGGGAAACUUCAGGAGGACGCCUGUGGAGACUGGCUGAAGCUUUCUGGAGAUGGAGUCCGGUUCGCCAGGCGGCCGCGUCCCGUCAGAUGGGCCAGCAGCUGGACGCCGUGUUCGGCCAGUACUCGGUCAAGUGCCUCCUGGACCAGGACGUGCUGCUGCAGGAGGAUGUGGAGCUGAUCGAGCUGUUAGACCCGAGUCUGCUGACCCUCGGGUCGUCGGCCUCCGGCUCGUCCAGCCGAGCGGGCGUCCUGCCCAGGCCCGGCCUCAUAGCCAGGCCGUCUCUAUGGGACAUGGCGGGGCUGGUGGGCCUGGCUGCGGUGCUGCUGGGCGCCUGCUCCGUGUCCGAGGGCCCGUGGUCGCUGUUGGCGGCCCCGUGGGGCCUGGCGCUGCUGGGCUGGCUGGGAGUGAGGGGGGUCCUGCUGUGGAGGCGGGGCCGCAUGCAGAGAGCCGUCCACUCGCGCACCGCGCAGCUCCAGACUCUGCUCCACAACAGCAAGACGCUGACCGGCCUGUCCCGUAAAGCCCUGCGCCUGGUGCAGGAGACGGAGGUCAUCUCCAGGGGGUUCACCCUUUUGCUCGACAGGGUGAGUGCGGCCGGCUCCUUUAGCAGGGCGGGGGCGGGGGCUGGGGCGGGGGCGGUGCCACGCGGCCAGCAGCUGAUCGGCCUGAGGAAGACCCUGUACCGGGCGCUCCGCACGGCCUUCAGAGCCUCGCGUCGGGCCACCUGUCACAUGCUCAAGGCGUUCCCUCUGAACUCCGAGAUCGACAACGUGACCAACUACGUGUCCGCGGUGCCUCUGAAGGAGCUGGGCCUCGGCCUGGGGAUCGAACACCUGGGUGACGAGCAGGCCCAGGAGCUGACGGACGACUACAGCCUGCCCGCCCUGAAGAUGCUGUUCCAGCUGUGGGUGGGGCAGAGCUCCGAGUGCUUCCGACGACUCGCUCUCCUCCUGUCGCCGCGGAGAAUGGAGCAGCCGGAGGAGGGAGAAGGCGACGGCCCCCCUCCCCCCCUGCUGCACCGCUCCAUCGGCGCGGUGACGGAGCCCCUCCAUCGCGCUCUGGCCAGCUGCCUCUACGAAGUGCAGCGCAGCUUCGACUUCCACCGGCACUUUGAGACGCAGCUGAAGACGCCGGGCUCUGACAGGACGGGGAGGGUCGGGGAGAAAUGCCGAGAGCUCAACACGCUGCACUCAUCCAUCCGGAGCCUGCAGCUGCACCUCAAGGCCCUGCUCAGCGAGAUGAUCAUCCUGGAGGACGACCUGGAGAAACUGAUGGUGUCAAAGGAGCCGACGGAGCUGACGCUGGAGGGCUACCAGGACCUCAGCGACCGGCUGCACCAGUUGCAGCCGCACAUGCAGGCCAGCUCGGGCUGCUGGGAGGACACCGUCGGCCAGGUGCAGCGCAUGCUGAGACGGGUCAACGCCUGCGCAGAUAAAGCCCAGGGUCCGGAGCAGUGGGGUCCCGCCAUGCCCGAGGUGCCCGCGGCCCCCCCGUCCUACCCGUUGAUCCUGGACAGAGACCCUGUGCCAGAGGAGCUGGAGUGGGAGGCCUACGUGUCCGACUCUGACUCCGACGGCGAGGGCGCAGGGUCCUGGUCCGACACCUUGUCCCCGGAGGAACGGGAGCGGCAGCGGCGGGAGAGGGAGGAGUCCCGGCGCGUCCUGUCGGAGCUCAAGGCGGUGCUGGGCUUCCGUGCGUCGGAGGGGGAGAGGAUGAAGAGGAAGCAGCUGCUCUUCAACGACCAAGCGGCUGCUGCGGCUCCGUCAGCCGCCGCCGAGACUCCCGACGCCGUCACAACGCUGCUGGACGCUCCAACUUCUCUGGGAUCAGCAGAACGGGGCGAUGACGAAGGAAACCAUUUCUCUGAGUGCUCCGCAGGAAACGAAGGGGAGGCGACGGACGGCGGGGCGGCGCCCGACCCCUCGGCGAACCCGGUGACGGAGUUCAGCUGUGGUCCGGAGGAGAAGGAAGGCUAUUUGGGAGGAACUCUGGUGUGUGCGAGGGGAGGAGGGGGAGCGUCCGAGCUGCACCAAUACGACGGCGUGCUGGAGGAGGGCGAGGUCCAGAACGGCCUGGACUGCUGCCUGAAGCCCAAAGGCCCCGCGGUGUCCGUGAUGGACCGGCUGACGGAGAUCCACGGCUCCGAGGCCCUCAGCUUCAGCUCCGCCCUCGCCGCUCAGGUGGCGGCGCGUUCGCACUCGCUCAUCGCCAUGGAGGAGCAGACGUUCGGAGAUGAGGAGGAGGAGGAGGAGGAGGAGGAGCAUGACGGAGAGCAGAGCGACAGGCGAGCCCCCCACAAGGACUGAAGCUGUAUUUAUGUCUGGUGUCUUCUAUCCAGAGCUCUGUGUUCCAUCUUUACAGUUUGUGUUGCCCAUCCGUCCCUUUCACCCCACAUUACUACACGCAAUUAUUUCUGCUCGCUCGCUGCUCAAACUCAGGUACCAGAACCACUCAAAGCUAAAUAUAACCCCUCGUUGUUGAGGUCAGAAGAGCAGAAUGCCUACAGUCUACACACGUGGUAAUGAAAUGGAAAUAUAAUGGUUUUAAUUGCAGUUUUCCUGUCAGGAGGUAUUGGGCUGGAGGAUUUGGCAGAGAUCACGAUGAGGUACAGAGUUGCUUCGUCCUCUGUGGAGAGAGGCAAUGUGAAAAUACAUUUCACGGUGCCUAAAUAUUGCAAGCAAAAUGUAGUCCAAUUACUAAAGAUAUAUCGUAAAUCAUAAGAGUACAUUUGUAAAACACACAAUCAAAGUGUAGGAUUUCGGGAGCUUAAAUAGCAUUUCAUUCAGCCAGUUACAUGCGUACACAUAAGAGAGGGAGUUCUGCAAAAACACAAAGCAGAACGACAUUUUGACUAUUGGCCCAUUCUUUUUGUCCGAUUCCACUUACGUCCGACUGGACCCAAUGGGGGGGGGUCGGACCUGUGGCCCACCAAACACAAUCCUAUCUGGAAUGCAACACUACUGUAUCUAAGAACAUGUCGACUGAAACGGCCCCUUCACAGACUGAAAAAAAGUGGGGGUUCAUUUUUACUCACGUGAGGACGAUCAAUAACUGUAUGUCCCAUAUGAUGUUUUCAUAAGAGUUUGAUGGUGUAUUCCCUCCCUCCUUCCCUGUCUGACUUGUCACCAUGUAUGUCUGCAGCCCCCCCCCCCCCUCCCGUCCUGCAUUUUCCAAUGUUAAAUAAAAUACCGUUCCAAAA